AUGAAGAUAUGUAUAGAAAAACUGGAUGGUGCAGAUAAUGCAACUCUAGCUCUUAUUAUGGAUUAUAUUACGGCAUAUCCGGAUAUGCCCUUUGACGUUGCAUACGAAUUAGCUGGUUUAAAGAGGAAAAACCUCACUGCAACAGCAGAGAUAGGACAUUAUUCGAACUCAGAGCAAAAAAACAUGGGCGCUGUGGCAACUGGAGCUGAAGAAAGCAAAGAAUUGGAAGCGCUUAAGCACGGUUGGAAAGCGUUCGUCGCAUCCGGGUCCACAAACGAUGCACUGAAGGACAUUAUCUCUCAAACUAAAGCGUUUCAGGCAAACCAUAUCGAAACUCGUGCGUCUCCUAAGCGAAGUUCUCAUCGUCAGGAAAAAAAGCUCUUGGCAAUGCUAGAUGUGUUGCAUCCUCUUCUGGGAAGCCUGCACAACCGCUCGUUCACCGCAGAAGACGGCCUUUGGCUCGCUUACCUGGAGCUGCUUCCAGGUUUGCUUGAAGGAGUGUUUUAUGACUACGCGCUGAACAUGGUGGAACGAGAACACGCCGAUCGCCUGAGCUACGAACAACUCUGGCGCGCCUCGGAGGUAUGGGAGGAUGCUCGCGAGAUCGUGGCGCCCUUUCUGUGGGGAUUUAUCGAGCCUCUAGAAAAGGAACUCGUGUUUCACUUUCACUCAGGGCUUGAAACCGCGCAGCGAAGCGAACCGCAACAUUUCUUUACCUUUCUCCUUGAUCUUCUACACCGAUUAGAUAAAAGCGGAGCGAUAUCCACUGCUUCUUCGUCUGAGGGGCGCAGCCGAAUUAACCUCCUUGACUUUGGACAACUACGUCUGGCUCUAACAGCCGUAGUCAUCCUCAGUGAAACUUACCAAUGGAAUCCAGCGAUCGCUUCCUUUUUGUCGGACGCUUCUUCCGCUUACAUUGUGCAUUUUAUUAACUCCUUUUUUGACUUUGUUGAGCAAGCAAAAGGGAGUGUCUAUUCCCAAACGUUGGAAUUCCUCUCGGCAUACGUGCUUGCUGACCGGGCCAUGCGUGUGUAUACGGAUAGCUGUAACCUCAUCGUUGAAAGAGCUUUCAAGCGCGGUGCCGCCGCAUUGUGGCGGCGUACUUUUCUCAGCUCUGGGAUAGAGGCACUCCCGUUUUAUUUGAAUACCGUACACUUCGUGCGGUGUGCAGACGCGAUCACACGACGGCUGUGUAGCACCGUUCUUCAUGUUGAUCCCGUACGCGGAGGCAAGAUUGUGAGAGAGUUUGUGGAGUCCUCUAUUGGCACGUGCGUGGCCUUUACAGAAGAGCAUGUUUCACCAUGGUUUGAGGGUGUUACCGACGACGACGUGAACUGGGAUCACGUGUUGCGGAUACAAGAAGUCGUUUUGAGCCUGUGCUCAGUCAUGACUGCCGCCGAGGUUUGGUUGGACAUGCUGAAGGAUGGCGCCACAAAAGGCCCUCAGGAGCCGCUUGUAAGCUGCUCCGCCAAUGCACCCUUCGAGACACUUGGCGAAUUGGCGGCGCACCGUAACCAACUGAUCCGCAUGUCUACGGUGGUUUCUGGACAGCUGGUAAAGCUCAUGUGCAGAUCGAGCGAAGCGGUUCAGCCCAGCAUAGGUGACUAUGAAGAUUUGGAACGCUUGCUAGGCUAUCUGCAUCAUAUACCAGAUGGGUUCUCACUGCUUGCCCUAGAAGCCGCUAUAAAAGAACAGUUUGAGGAAUCUUUGACGAUCGAAAAGCGUGAAUCCCUACAGCACUAUCUCUCCGCCUCUGGGCUUUGGCGCACAUCCUGUUUGAUCGGAUGA